AAGCACGAAAUUUACUGGAUAGUUUCUUAAUUUUCAGUCGCAAUUUUAUCUCGUCACAUAAAGCUUAAUGAGUCAGCAUCUGGUCAUUAGCACAUUAAGUAGCCAUUCUCAGUUUUUUCCUUUGGGGAGGUUUGGGAAGGAAGGAAACGUGACAUUAAGACAUGUUUCAACAAUGCUACAUAUAAGAUUUGACGUCAUAUUUUGGAUAAAAAUGGCUUCGACAAAGAGGAUAUUGCAAAGUAAUGCAAUCUGAAUUUGAAAUCAAUUUAGGGGGGUUGAAGACCGUCAAUGCAAGAAAGUCAUUGCAAACCUGCGACACACCACUUUUGCGGCAUUUGACCUUACUUUGUAAACAAAACAACGGCAAAUUGUACAUAGCAGGGCCCACGCCACAAAUUUCAAGGUGGAGGGGCCAAGUACUAUAAGUCGAACUUGCAUUCAGUGCUUCAAAACAGGGCCUCUUUGUAAUUAUGUUUGCUUACCAUAAAGGUAGGGGGCAUGACCCCUUUGGCCCCCCGGUGACGUGGACCCUGCAUAGGGGGUACCCAGGGUAAUAGGGGGUACCCAGGGUAAGAGCUAAACAACAGCAAAAUGAAUAAAAUAGCUAAAUGUAGCUAUAGCAAGAGCAUCAACUACCCCUGUGCGCCCGGUGUCCCUGCUUUCCCCCUAUCUUGGUACCAAAGAGGGGAACAGAGAUGAUUUUUGCUAACAAAAAUGGCGCGUCAUAAGAUAAAUAAUCUUAUAUGCUUCUUUUUGCGUUUUUAUUUCAAAAUUCAUACUUUGCCAUACUUUGAAAGGUAAACUGUUACAGAAAUGGUAAUAUGUUACAAUUGUUGCAAAAAUAUUUCAAGGUGAGAAAAAAGUUCUUCUUUUGCCUGGUAAAAAUCCUUAUGUGCCGAUGGACGAAGUGUUGAGGGGUAAAGCGCCCCGUACCCCCUUUGGCGACGCCCCUGUUAGCAAGGUUCUUAGCACGAAAGCCUGAUUUUACCAAAUUCUUUCAAUCCCAGUUCUAGCAUGUUUGAGUCGCUAGGUAAACGAAAAGCACAUUAGUCGCUGGCUCAAUAAAACGUUUUCCGCUUCGCGUUUGAAAAUAAACAAACAUAUCGGUAAAAUAGGAUUUUCUGGCAAGAAAUAAAAUGGCCCGCAAGUUGUAUUUUAGCAAAUCAAAUUUAACUAUCAAAAUAUUUUUGCUUGUUUUCGACCUAGUCAAGUUAUUGUAAUAAAAGUCCCGUUUCAAUUUUGAAAAUAUGAACCUACUUUUUUAUAAAUGAUUUCUUACUCUUGCUAUAUGAACCUACUCCUGCUAUAUUUAUAAAACUGUUUACAUUUUGCGGUUUUUCUAUUUCAAAAUGUUUUCAUACAACCAUCAACGAAUAACUUGAAAAUCUGCUUUGAAAAGCUGUUGCUAUUCCGUAAAUUGUUAUGACACGAAAAUGGCACAGUCAGCACUUCUCAAUGAGUUUCGGGCAAACCAGGCACGCCAGAUCCGGGGGGCUAUGGCUAUAUAUAGUAUUAAGGUUGUUGCAUGGAAAAGAAUGGUGACAAACAACCAUAAAAUUUUACACUCUUUCAAUUCAAUCCCUUGAAAACCUUUCAUAUUUCUAGAUUUUCAUCACGAGAAUUGCGUAGUUAGGAAGUUUUGUGCUUACAUAACUUUCUCUAUUUUGCUUGCAAUGCACGUUUUCUUAGAGUAGAACAAAACCUUAUACAACUGAUUCAACUCGAUCCUGAAACAACAAAGACACCGACGCAUCCCCCGUGAAUAGUUUCAGGGAUGCCUUUCGUAAGAGUUAGCCAAUGUCCUGAGCCCCUGGGCAAUGCCGAAACUCACGUGUCGUUUCGAAAGAGGAGGUUCAAUUGGUUCCAUUUGCACUUUCGAUAAGAGGAAAAGCGAGAGGCCGCUCAGUAUUUUAUCAAUUGCUUGCAGAGAGCAACCCCGAGAUACGUUUUGUGUUUUUGGAAUUAAUAAUAGAGUACUUGAUGAAAACUCAUUGGCACCAUCAUAACCACGAAAGCUACGGACGAUGCGGGCUCAGUACCUGUAUUGUCUAUCAAGAAACAAAGCGAAUGCUAAGGAGAAAGGAGGUGAGAUGGAAUUACCUGGUCUUAGACGGUGUUAUGACCAGUCUCAAAGUAGCUUUCAACGAGAACAGUAUAAAGGAUAUUUGCCAUCAAAGACUUUCGACGAGAUGGGACCAUCAAUGAUGGAACAAGCAAUUCCUAAAGAAUUUAUAGACAGCUAUUGCAAGACGUUGAAGGAGUUGGAAGAGUAUAGAAAAGAAAUUAAAUAUUUACGAACUGAAAAGAGAAAUUUAGAAAGCGAACUCAUUAGAAAUCGUAAGGAUUUAGAAGAACAAAGAAAUGUGAUAGACUCAGAAAGACAGCUGAGGAAAAGAAUCCAAGAUAAGCUGCGGCAUUUAGCGGACGAUCUUGAGAACGGUACAGGGGUCGUUUCAGACUGCGCUACAACAACUAGGAAAAGUUCAACUUCAGACGAGGUGGACAUUGAGUAUUACAAAGAUCAGUUCCGAGUUUAUCAAGAAGAUUUCAAACUGGAAAAGGAAGAAAAUAUCAAGCUGAGGACUCUGAACACUCAACUGACGAAUGAAUUAGAAGAAGCUAAACAAGUAAUGGAAUCUCAAGAAAAAAAGUUACUUGUAUAUGCUCAAGUUUUUUCAAACGGAACUGGGAGCCAAGUUAUUCUGCCCCCAGCGUAUAUUGGCCGACGAGUUCAUAGCAAUCCAACGACGCCAUCUUAUAGCCAAGGAUCGGCAUCUUCUGCACCAAGGACAUAUCAAAUUGCUCGUGACACACGUGAUGUGUCCCAUUUCAAAAAACCAAGCUAUGACCCUAUUACGGAUAUAGUACCGAAAGGGAUCGCAGAAGACCAGGAACUCAAAUUUGACUUUACAAGAAAGAAGUCUUUCUCAGAUGGGGAAAUGGAAAGCUGCUCUAGCACUGUCUAUAAACGUAGAACAAAAAGCAUUUUGUAAUAUAAUAUUAAAAAAUAGAUGUUGAGCAACUUAAAAACAUUAUUGUAAGUAUAGCCAAGUUGAUGUUUUAUUUACUAUUUACAGACGGUAAUUAAAAUAUAGAUAUGCACUGUCCUGUUUUUGUUUAUGAUUAUGAUUAAACUUCAGAGGAAAGUUACCUUGCAUGAUUUUGUGAUGCUCAAUCAUAAAUUGAUGUUUGAAUUGAUGUUCAAAUAUAUGCGUCACAUUAGCUUUCUACAUUGCAAGCCAUUUUUAUAUUUCAAAAAUUGUGUUAGAAUUAUCAUUAUACUCUUUGUCGCCAUGAUCUGCUGUUACUCAUCUGGCAAUCGAUUGGGAUUACAUAGAGUCUGUAAGUAAUGUUGUUGUCAUCUAUCGGUAUUAUUGCUGUCACUAAUGUGGCAUAUGUCGAUAUUCAUAAAUAUGAUAAUCUUAUAGUGGCUAUUAUUGUUGAAAAAUAAUUCUGUUGUUACUUGUCAAAUACAUAUGAAAUUAUUUACAACAUUUAAACUACAUUAUUAAAGUGUUUGGAUUUUGCUGUGGUACUAAUUAGAUUAAUUAACUAUAUUUACAGUGGAAAUAUUUUUUAGUUAAUUUAUUGUCUCAUUGAAGUUA